AAAAAAAGAAAAAAAGAAAAAUUGAAACUUAUCCGCGGAGAGGGAAGUGAAGGCUUAGUAGCAACACAAUGACUGCCUGAGUUUACAAACACCAUGAAUUACAUUCCUGUUAUACGCGUGUGAGUGUGUGAGUGAGCGUGUCUCUGUGUAGGUGUGUGUUUAUCCACGGUCAUGAGCGCAGAGGGCACGCGCAGCUUUGUCGUUGCUGCCGUUGGUGUCCUACCAGCAUCUGCCCCCCCCCCCCUUUUUUCUUUUUUUUUUCUGGAAAUAAAAAUAGACCUCUGCUGAUCACCGGACUAUGUUUCGGCUACAUCACUUCCCGUCGGAAUAAUUUGCGCAACACUUUCAUUCUAAUCACCGAACCGCGGCCGCCGGAGCGCAAAUGCGCAUCGGUCUGCGCAUCUUUGAAUCUUCAGAACAACACUGUGGACAAUCUCUGUGACAUCCGAAGACCUCUCCUCCGCAAUCCGACGAGGCUUCUUCACCGCCUAUGGCUGCACAUCGGCGUCCCUGAGCCGCUGGCUUCGUCCGGGACCCUUCACCCACCGCUCUCCUCGAAAGGUCUUUGAAUCGGGGAGACAUUUCCACCAACAUUUUUUUUUCUUUUUCUAAAUUAUCCUCGACUGACUAUUUUUAGAAAAACCCGGUGCAAUGCUGGGCCCAUCUCUCUAGAUCUUGUGAUCAAUACACGAGCUCCUCUCCCACAUUCGUCCGGCCGAGACCCCCGGUACCCUCGCCGAGCCCCAACGAUGCAUCCUAACGCAGUGAUGCUGGCGCUGGUCCUUUUGGGGAACUUGAUGCUGCCUUUCACCUCGGCUCAAAACGCUGGGUUUGUGAAGUCGCCCAUGUCUGAGACUAAGCUUACGGGGGACACCUUUGAGCUGUACUGCGACGUGGUUGGUAACCCCACUCCAGAGAUCCAGUGGUGGUAUGCUGAGAUCAACCGAGCCGACUCCUUCAAGCAGCUGUGGGACGGAGCCCGCAAGCGUCGGGUAUCUAUCAACACGGCCUACGGCACAAAUGGGGUCAGUGUGCUUGGUAUCACGCGCCUCGUACUGGAGGACUCUGGGACCUAUGAGUGCCGGGCCAGCAACGACCCCAGGCGCAAUGACCUCCGACAAAACCCUGCCAUCACCUGGAUCCGCGCCCAGGCCACCAUUUCGGUGCUACAGAAACCAAAGAUCAGUGCCUCUGAUCAGACCAUCCUGUCAGCGGACACCUCUAGCAAACCAGUUACGCUGCAGUGUAACCUCACCACUGCCCACACUCCCCACAAGGAAAGCUUCUGGAUGAAGAAUGGACAGGAGAUCCCCAGUACACGGACAGAGCAGAGGAACACAGCAUACAGAAUCACUAAACCACGGGCAGAUGAUUCUGGGGAAUACAUGUGUGUUUACACGUUUGACAUGGCACCAAACGCAAAUGCUACAAUUGAAGUAAAAGCAAAACCUGAUAUCACUGGCCACAAGCGAAGUGAAAAUAAAAACGAGGGGGAAAAUGCAAUGCUCUACUGUAAGUCUGUUGGUUACCCACAUCCCACCUGGACAUGGCGUAAACUGGACGGAACAUCCUACACGGCACAUGACAUUGACAACUCCACUGGACGCUUCUUCAUCACUAACAGAGACAACUACACAGAGCUCAGCAUAUUAAACCUGGAUAUAACCACAGAUCCUGGAAUAUACGAAUGCAAUGCCACUAACGUGAUCGGAAACACUGCUGAGACCACUAUACUACGGGUGCGCAGCCAUCUCGCACCGCUUUGGCCUUUCCUGGGUGUGCUCGCAGAGAUUAUAAUCUUGGUAGUCAUCAUCGUUGUGUACGAGAAACGCAAGAGGCCAGAUGACAUUAUUGAUGAUGAUGAACCAGUUGGACCAAUGAAAACAAAUUCAACAAACAACCACAAGGACAAAAACAUUCGCCAGAGGAAUACAAAAUAAGCAAUUUACUCAAGUGAGAUGGCUAAACUGCAUUUUUUUGACAACAUGAAGGUAUCAGCGGUGGAAAGAGCUCCGAGCAGUUUUGGAAAAAGCAUAUCUUGUCUCAUUUUAUGAGAAACAAUAUCAGCAUAACACUGGCAACAAAAAGAACAUAAUGGCUGACUUAAGCAUGCCUUAUUCAGUCUUAAAUGGAGAUUUCAGGAUGACGAAUAAUGACUAAAUCCACCACAAAGGUGUACACAUUUUUAAUGUGCUGUUGAUGUCUCCUUUAUUAAUUUUAUCAUGUCCUCAAAUGAGGUGAUCCCUUUUGUAUUACAUAUCAUGUACAAUGCAUGCAAGAUAAUUACGCAAUAGGAUACUCAGAAUAGACAUUUUCUGUUGUUAUCCCUCGUGUGGCUUUUUUUGCAUCCAAAAUGACCUAUGUUUUUUAUGGAGUCACCCUUAUAUAUAUAUAUAUAUAUAUAUAUA